AUGGUACUAGAAGACUAUCGAUUGACUCCCAAGCUUGCAAGAGCCAGGCGAAUGAGCAUUUUAAGAAGCAAGAGGUUGAACCAUACUUUGAAUGUCAAUGAUGUUCUUAGAUAUAGUUUUUCUGAUUUUCUUGAUACAUCUCCAAAAGAUCAUUCACCUCAAGUCGUGCUUCCUCUCAAGAGAACUUCUUCAGCUGUUUCAAAUGACAGUAUUAGUCGCUUCAUAUCAACUGAGAAAGGUCAUUCAAGUUGUACAGGUCACCAAAUGUUUAAAGUGAAUUUUCAUGAUCCUGUGAAUUUGAGUUCUAAUAUCUCCAGCAGCCGAGAUAAGAAAAAAGUUACAUUAAAGGGAACAUGUUCCUCAACAAAAGCUAUCGUUAAUCCCUCUGAUAAUAUGCUGUCUGCUAAAGCAACAUUCGUUGAUCCUACCAGCAUCAGAACUCCUUUGUUAGAUGUUACAAAUGGUUGGAAUAAUAGCAGCAGAUAUAAAUCAUGUAUCCUUAGUAACACUAAUGCAAAUUUACAAAAGGAUAAAAGUCAUAAACCUACCUACGUUGAUGGUGCUGAUUAUCUGUUUUGCAACAAUAAAAUAAUAACCUCUUCAACCAUGAAUAAUAAUUUGGAGAGUUGUAUUAUACAUAAUCACAAGAGAUUCACCAAGCAAACAGAUACAAUUAUCAGAGAAGUAUGCAGAAGUAACAACGAGCUAUUUACAUCUUCUGUUCAUGACCUUGGACAGUCUUCUAAAAAUGCAAAUAAUGUAAUUCAUGAUUCCAAUGUAUCAGAUUUAUAUCAUCAUGAAGAUGAAAGUGCGACUGCAUACGAGAUUGACAGCUUAGUUAUUGAUGAAGAAGCUUUUUGGGAUGCGGGUGAUCCUUCUCAUACAUGUAUAUAUUGCAAAGCUUUGAUGUGGGAUCAUGAGAGACUUUCAAAGAGUAUCAAUAGUGUCACUCCUCAUUUUGGUUUGUGCUGUAUGGAUGGCAAAGUUGAGUUGCCCCUAAUGAAACAGGCCCCAGAUAAUCUAAAAGCAUUGUAUUUUUUGGACGAUGAAAUGGGCCGAUACUUUCGAAAAAACAUAAGGGCAUUUAAUGCAAUGUUUUCAUUCACAUCAAUGGCUGGCAAGAUUAACCAUAAAAUUAACAAUGGUUCCGGUCCGCCGUCAUUUAUUUUGAGUGGCCAGAACUAUCACUCAAUCGGAAGUCUUAUUCCACAAGCAAAUGAAAAACCAAGAUUUGCACAGCUCUACAUUUAUGAUACGGACAACGAGAUUCAUAACAGAAUUAGUGCUGUUCUCCCAGUAAGUUUGGUGGGUAAUCUUGAACAUGAUAUAGUUUGUAUGCUGAAAAAUAUGCUAGAUGAGCAUAAUCCUUUGGCACAGUCGUUCCGUUAUGCUCGGGAUAGAUUCACCGAGUCACAUUCUCUUGAUAUGAAGUUAAAACUGAUUAGGCGUAGGGAAAAAGAUGGUCGGCGAUACAACUUGCCUACUGCAUCAGAAGUUGCAGCAUUGGUAGUUGGUGACAUUGAUGAUUCUUUAUUGGACAGAGAUAUCAUAUUGGAAACCAAAUCAAAACAACUAAAGAAGAUUGAUGUUAUCCAUCCAUUGUAUUUGGCUUUGCAGUAUCCUCUUAUUUUUCCAUAUGGUGAGGAUGGAUAUAGAACAGGCAUCUUAGCAGCUUCUCGAUACAAUGUUGACGGUUCAAAGAAGAGGAAUACAAUAAGCAUGAGGGAAUUCUUUGCAUUUCGACUGCAAAUGAGGUCAUCUGAGUCACCAAUUCUGCUUAACUCCCGUAGGUUGUUCCAACAGUUCUUGGUUGAUGCAUAUACUAUGGUAGAGUCUGAGCGUCUUAGUUUUCUUCGUUUCAACCAACCAAAGUUGAGGGUUGAAAAGUACAAGUUAUUGCAUGAGUCUUUAGUUAGAGGUGAAGCAGAUGCUGUUUCAAGUGGUCAAAGAAUAAUUCUCCCAAGCACUUUUACGGGUGGACCUAGAUACAUGUUUAAUAAUUGCAAGGAUGCAUUUGCUCUUUGCAAGCAUUUUGCAAAAGAUCGUCCUGAUAUUACAUCAAGAGUCUUUAAGAUUAAGCUAAACAACUUAAUCAGAGAUUUUAAGUAUGGUGAUAUUUUUGGAAAGAUUUCUGGAUAUGUAUGCACUAUUGAAUUUCAGAAGAGGGGUCUUCCUCAUGCUCAUAUUUUGUUGUUCAUGCAUCCUCUUUCAAAACCUAGGUCUCCUGAUGAUAUAGAUAAGUUAAUAUCGGCACAAAUACCCGAUAAACGUCGAAGGCCUAAGUUAUAUGCUGCUGUUGAGAAAUUCAUGGUUCAUGGUCCAUGUGGCAAGUAUAACAAGAAUAGUCCUUGCAUGGUAAAUGGUUUGUGCUCCAAAUAUUUUCCCAAACAAUUUAGACAACGUACUGUUGUUGAUGAAGCUGGGUUCCCAAAGUAUUGUAGGCCAAAAGAUGGUCGCACCAUAAUAAAAAAGGGUGCAACUCUUGAUAACUCUUUUAUUAUCCCGUACAACCCAACUUUGUUAUUAAGGUAUGGUUGUCACAUUAAUGUUGAGCAUACUUGCCAAACUUCUGCCAUCAAAUAUUUAUUCAAGUAUGUUCACAAAGGAAAUGAUCGUGUUACUGCUUCAUUCUACCAGACAUCAGUUAAUGGUAAUGCUCCUCCUAUUGUGGAUGAGAUUAACAACUAUUAUGAUUGUAGAUACAUUUCUGCAUGUGAAGCUGCUUGGAGAUUAUAUGGUUAUGAUAUUCAAGUUAAGGAGCCUGCUGUUAUCAGACUUCCAUUUCACCUACCAGAUGAGAAUCCUGUUAUUUUCAAGGAAUACGAGGGUAUUCAGGAUGUCCUUAGUCGUGUUGAUGCGAAGUUCACUAAAUUACAAGCAUGGUUUGUUGUGAAUAAAUAUUUUCCAUUGGCUAGGUCAUUGACCUAUUGUGAGUUUCCACAGAAAUUUGUAUGGAAGGACGAUAUUUCAAUGUGGAUUCCAAGGAAACAAGGUUAUUCUAUUGGUAGGUUGACACAUGUUCCUAGAGGUAAUGGCGAGGAUUAUUAUCUUAGACUUCUUCUCAACAUUCAGAAAGGUUGCACCAGUUUUGAGGAAAUACGCACUGUUGAUGGUGUUACACACAACACUUUCAAAGAAGCAUGCUAUGCACUAGGUCUCUUGCAAGACGACAAAGAAUUUAUUGAUGCUAUUCUUGAAGCAAGUACUUGGGCUUCAGCCAACUAUGUUCGUGACCUUUUUGUCAUGCUUCUGAUAUCAAACAACAUAGCAUGUCCAGAUUUUGUUUUAGAAAGAUGCUAUAAAGAAUUAUCUGAGGAUAUUUUAUUUGAGCAAAGAAGAAUUCAUCAUGUUCAAGAUCUUCAUUUGUCUGACGAGCAUAUCAUGAACUUGACCCUUGCAAAAAUUGAAGACAAGAUGCAAGCUAAUGGAAGGUCUCUUAAAGAGUUUCCAGCGAUGCCCUACCCAUCAUUAGAUCUUUUUCAUGGUUUAGAAGAUCGCUUAUUGUUGGACGAGGUUAAUUUUGAUCGUUCUUUGCUUAAGCAGCAAUAUAUGCAAUCUCUAAAGACCAUGACAGAUGAGCAACGAUCUGCAUUUGACACCAUUGUUGAUUCCGUAAACAAUGAUCGCGGCGGAUUUUUCUUUCUAUAUGGUUAUGGUGGUACUGGCAAGACGUUCAUCUGGAAUACUCUUUCUGCUUAUCUUAGAUGUGGUGGGAACAUUGUUCUUAAUGUUGCUUCAAGUGGCAUUGCUUCUUUACUACUUCCUAAUGGUCGUACUGCUCACUCAAGAUUUAAAAUACCGUUAAGCAUCAAUGAGGACUCUAUAUGCAACAUAAAGCCGGGAACACCUCUUUGUAAACUUAUUUGUAAAGCAAAGCUUAUUAUAUGGGAUGAGGCACCAAUGUUAAGUAAGUAUUGUUACGAAGCUCUUGACAAGUCUCUAAAAGACAUUCUUCGCUUUUAG